GAUAAUCUCCCUAGUUGGUUUUUGGACUUUUCUCAUCAUUUAAGAUAUUUGAAUCUCUCUCAAAACCAAAUUCAUGGGCAACUUCCAAGUAUUUAUAGCUUCAAAGAUCCAAUAUCUCCAAUUGUCUCCCAUUUGACUACUAUCUUCGACCUUUCCCAUAAUCUUUUUUCAGGUUCCCUUUUCAACUUUUUGUGUAUUGGGGUCAAUGAAACCACAAAUCAAAUGUCUAUUCUCAAUCUUGGCAAUAAUUUUUUUUCUGGAGAGUUACCAAAUUGUUGGUCCAAGUGGCCAUAUUUAGAGGUCAUUGUAUUAGAAAACAAUACAUUUACAGGUAAAAUUCCGAGCUCCGUUGGAACUUUACAAUUCCUUAAAUCGUUGCAUCUUCGUAAAAAUAACCUUUCAGGAAAAAUUCCUAUGUCCAUAAGGAAUUGUACAACUUUGGAAACCCUUGAUGUUGGUGAAAAUGAAUUGGUUGGGAACAUCCCGUCAUGGAUGGGUCGUAAUCUUCCACACCUGAAAAUCUUAAGCCUUCAUUCAAACAAGCUUUCAGGACAUAUCCCUAGAGAGUUGUGCACACUCAGUUUUCUCCUUGUCUUGGAUGUUGCUCAUAAUAAGCUUUCAGGAAGCUUACCAAGUUGCAUUGGUAACUUAAGUGCCAUGGUUUAUUCUGUAAAUGGCUUUCCUAGGAACUACUACUCCUUUACGUACAUCUCAUCAAAAUUUACUGAGAAUUUGUUUCUUGUGAUGAAAGGCCACCUUUAUGAAUAUGAUCGGAUUCUUUAUUUGGUAAGAGCUCUUGAUUUGUCAGAUAACCAUUUAUCGGGAGAUAUCCCUUCAGAAAUAACUGGGCUUCAAGGGUUACAAUCACUAAAUUUGUCACAUAACCUUCUCACUAAAAGGAUCCCUCCAAAUAUUGGUAACAUGUGUUCACUAGAAUCUCUUGAUCUUUCAGUAAACAAAUUGCGUGGGUCAAUCCCUGAAAGCAUGUCUAGACUGUCAUUUCUAAGCUACUUGAACCUUUCUGAUAACCAAUUGACUGGAAAAAUUCCUUCAAGUACUCAAUUACAAAGCUUUGAUGCAUCUUCUUAUGCUAGAAAUGAACUUUGUGGCCUUCCACUAAUGGAGAAGUGCAACGAAGUUAAUCAAAGGAUACCAGGCAUUGGAAAUAAUGGUGGGAAAGAUAUAGAUGGAGAUAAAGUUAAUUGGUUGUUUGUUAGCAUGGUACUUGGGUUUAUUUUGGGAUUUUGGAGUGUCUUAAGUCCUCUUGUGAUUAGUAGGCAAUGGAGGUAUGCAUACUAUGAAUAUUUGGAUGAGAUGUGGCGGAAAAGUCAGUCAUUAUAGGAGUAGAAUUUUUUUUAAAUCUUAUGUAGUUUUUCUUUGCAAGCAUAUUUCUCUCCAUGUUCUCGUGAUAUAUUACAAAGCAUCACCUUUCCGCUUUUUAGCAACUUUGUUUUGGUUUUUUGUUAUUUAUAAUGAAGCUGUAAAAUAGUU